CUCGGCGGCUCUCGGCGGCUCUCGGCGGCUCUCGGUGCGUCAUCCUGACCUCGAUCGGCACCAAGUCCAAGAUCGCCUCGGUCGGAAGGAUAUCACCCGAUCUUCAUCACCACGAUCGCCAUCAAGAUCAACAUCGGCAGCGACAUAGUCGUCAGCAUCGACAUCGGCAUCGGCAUCGACACUGCCAUCGCAUUGCCAGCCAGAGAUCAUGUCCGCAUCCCGCCAAGACCCACUCGAAGAGCUGCAAGGCUCGCUGCAGUCGCUUGCCCUUGCCCAGUCACCAGCAUCCUCUCCCACAGCGUCCCCGUCUUCCAAAAGGAAGGACACCAAGACCGCCAAGAAAGGCCCCAAGAAGGGUCCCAACCCGCUCAAGGCCAAGCUGCUGGCUCGCGACGCCCAGGUCCCUGCCGAGUUCCGGCCGCCGGCCGUUACCCUCCACCAAAAUGUCCUCAUCCUGAUCUUUGCCGAUCUCGAUUCCCUCGAAUCAUCGCUGCUGCGGCCACAUGUGGCAUACGAGGGCUCCCAGCUCAAGGGAAAGCUCAAGGGCGUCAACUUUCCAACGGAACACCUGGCCCUCUGGCUAUCAUCUCUAUCCCAGUCUCAGUCUCAGCCAUCCCAGCCGCAAUCUCAGCUGCCGGAGUCGCAACCUCAGCUGUCAGAGUCGCAACCUCUGUCGUCAUUCCCGCCGCCAUCACACGACGAUCAGUCAUCACAGCGAGCACCACAAUCAACAGACCCUGCUGCUGAUGCCGGCGAUUCCCCUGAUCUCGGGCAAAGCCCUGCUCCCUUCUCUGCUGCCGAGUCGUGGAUCCUGCAAAAGGUUGCCGAGCUGCAGCAGGCCGAUACUGCUGCCCCGGACCAAAUACCGCACUAUCUAAUUGCAUCCCUGCGUGGAGAUACCUCGACCAUCCUGCACGAGUGGGCCCAUGCUCAGUACUUUUUGAACGCUCACUACCGCCAGGAAGCCGAGCGAAUCUGGGCCGACCUCGACGGCGACCUGCAGACGGCCGUUCGGAAGGAGCUUGCUCUGCGCAACUACAGCGACAGGGUCACCGUCGAUGAGUUCCAAGCAUACAUUGUCGAGACGCCCUCCGAGUUCGGCAAGAAGUUUGCCAGUCGUCUCUCACUUGCACAUAGAGCUCUCAAGGGCUUGCUUCCGCCGGCGCCUGCUCAAAUCAGUCAACCAUAGACCCAGUAGAUGAAGGUGAGGGAUGGUGCCAUCGGUGUCGGGUAGAUUUGCACGAGAACACCCGCAUUUCGAUGCACCGCCCUCUUGCCACUUGCAUAUUUUUUUACAAUCAUACAACCAUGCGUCGCCCGUUACAGUGCGGGUACGAGAGGAUGGUCAACACGAGCAAGUCGGUGGAGCAAAAUGCGGCCCCGUUCAUUUCCAACUUCGUACAUUCAAUCCAGAAACGGGAUAGUCACUUGCUGGCAUCAGCGACACAAGUCUGCCGAAUUUGUAUUGCCCCCAGUGAGCAAGCCAUGCGAUUGCUUCUGGUCCUGGCUGGCAAUCUCUUUGUGUGGUGCAUUCACUCGACUCUCCGGACGACUCCAUGGUGUAUCAAUAUCAAGAUACUCGGCCUUCUCCA